UAAUGAGGAAAAUCAACAGGAGGACACAGCACAGUGAACAGUGACACAUAACGGUACUCGUACCCUACCCUACGGUAGGGGAACAGAGGAAGUACCGGUACGUAUCGUACCGUAGAUAGGAUAGUACGUACCCGUAUGGUGUAGUGUCGUUCCGUACCUCAUUUCAUUUCAUCUCGUCUCUCGUCACAUCUCAUUUCAUUUCAUCUCCUCUUCGUCUUCGGCUUGUCUCGUUCCGAUCCGAUCCGAUCCGAUCCGAUCCGAUCCGAUCCAGGCCCCUCGACAGCGCCAUGGACCGGAACCGCACGAAACCGAAGAAGCGGCCCGACCAGGGACCCCCCCGGGGCUUUCAUCGGAUUCCGGGUGGCGGUUCGUCCGCGGUCCUCGGCCUCUUGGCCGCCGUCGUCGCCUGCGGGAACCGGAACCACCACGGCCCUUUGUUCGGAGGGGUGGCGGAGGCCUUUUCCGCCCCCCCUCCGGCGCCGGUGCCCCCGCCGGGGCAGCGCUUCCGAGCUCUUUUUCUGGCGUCGGGGUCCGGCGACGACCCUUCCCAUGGGGACCGUCCGGCCCCCAAGAAGAAGACGAAAAAAAAAUCCCGGCGGCUGGUCCUGAACCCCAACCUCGACCGGGAUCUCUUCGCGAAGGGCGGGGUUGCGACCAUCACCCCGGACGGGGUCGUCGUGGCGGCGGAAGAAGCCGGCCGGCCCAGGUCGUCCAAGCUGGGGGUCCCGACCAAGCCGCGCAAGCCCAAGAAGGGCAGCGGCAGCGGCAAGAGCCUCUCGGCCAAGGCCCGCAGGCUCCGGAACCAGCGGACCGCGGGGGGAACCAUCGACUCGUCGGCUUCGGAGGGUCGGAAGGGGUUGUCCUCGAUCGCGAGGAAGGAGGACGAGCCCGUUCGGAUCGCCACCGCCAGGCGGGGCUCCAAGACCGUGACGAUGGUCCAGGGCAUGGGGGCCUCCACCCCUCCCGAAGAGCGCAAGGCGCUCCUGAAAAAGCUCAAGGCGAGGGUCGGUGGCGGGGGAACCCUGGUCGACGGGGUCCUGGAGGUCCAGGGAUCCCACGCGGAGACGGUCCUGGGGGUCCUCCGGUCCGCGGGCUACGCGAAAGCCUCGAUCGUGGGGGGCGGGGGCAGCGGGCAGCGGAAGAAGACGAAAACGAAAACGAAAUAAAACAGGGAGAACGCCGAACGAACCCAGCGGAACAAAAGGCGGCCGCACGGCACGAAUGCACAAAGCUGCUCGUAGAAAAUAGACGUUGGAACAAUCC